AGCCGAUUGGGGGCCACGUCCUGGCGCACGCGUCUACGGUCCGGCUGUACUUCCGGAAGGGGAAAGGCGACGAGCGUGUCGUGAAAGUGAUCGACUUAUGCAUUACAAAAGUAUCGUGCUAGUGAAAAUCGCAUGACAUCAAAUCUUUUUGAAGAACAAAAAUAAAUGCAAUUUGCAAUGCUGUUUGCGCUUCACACCAAAAACCUGUCAUGCAUCAUGAUUGUGAUUGCUACGAGUGCGAUACUUUUGCAAGUCAUACGACUCGCCCAAUCUACCGGAAUCCGAGUGCACGAUCCAGCUGUGGGCCGGCGGGGUGCGGAGUCCCGAGGGGAUGUGAGCAGGACUUCUACCUAGACAUCAGACGGGUGCUUUUUAUUCUACAACUUCGGAAUAACAUUGUGUCGUACUACAAGAAGUCGGGGUGAACAAAAGGUGCUAAAUUUUUGUGAUUAUUUUCAACGAGUAGGUAGGCGCGAGUACAAUAGUUGAAAAAAGUAUAUAAUGAAUCACUGUCAACAUCGGAAGGUUAUUAUACACUCCACAGCCACGAGAUCUCGAGAAUAAAGAAUCGAUUUACAUUUGAGCAGCCGAGAUUGAAAACUGCAGAGACAGAUUUGAGAACUUUAGGUUACAACAAGUGGCGAAGCAAGCCUACAAAUUUAUCAAAACUACUAGUAUAAAAAACGCUUUAAUGUCUUUCCAAAACGACGAGCUUCCCAGUGUCAUCUUUAUUCCAAAGAACACCCGUUGGGUUCUCGGUGGACACGGGAGAACUACGGAGAACUUUUGACCAGUUUCAUUUUGAUACAAAAACAAAACGAAUAAAACGCGUCGACUCAAGUACCAGAGACGAGGACGUCGUCAGAAAAUUGAUCGCUAUUUUGGUUUUCUUCUGUUUCAGAACUUUUCAACUUCCGUUUCCAUGUUUCUGUCGUUAUUUUGUGCAAUUUGCAACAUGCACUCAACCCUAAGUAAUAUCCUAUGGUGAGCUUUUCUUUUUGUUUGUUUCAGGAACUCUUUAGAAAAAAUAAACCUUUUGUCCUUCGAAUUCGUGGAAGUAGGAAUGUGGAAGAUUCUUACGAAAACUUUUCGAACUGAAUUUGACCAUCGAAACCAGUUUUGCGCGGCUUGACGUUAGAAUGUAAGUAGUUAGAAAAGUUCCAAUAAGAGUACUCAGCUCUCAGGUCGUUCGGAAAAUUGCAGUAAAGAAAGGGCGGGAAGAUGCUGAGGACGAGUAGCUAUGUUAGCAGUGUGAAGACAGCGAAUCACUGUUGAGCUGCUGCUCGCUUGUCUAUGCAAUGAAUGACCCUGCUGCUGGUCGUUUUAGAUUGUUUUUAUCGCUCGUCCUCGCAAAACAGCGGAGAGGAUGUCAACAGCUGUAGCAAGUCUGGUUGAUUCUGGCUCAUCGGAAGAAAACACCACUACGGUUCAAUUUCUUCCCUCAAAAACCACUUGUGAACUCUUUUUGCAAAUGAAAACAAGAAAACAGUGAUUGGCUUCGAGUAGUAAACUCGUCGCAGCCGAACAACUACAGAGUGAUGGGAUGUCUGCAUGGGGUGAUAAAAUUUUGUUGUCGCACCAGAAAAUGCUCAAUCUCUUUAUUCCAGCUCAUUGUUCAGAUGCAAGUCCCCCGUCGUAGUGUGUCACUUACACAACAACGGUCGUCGGUUAGUUUCUUCUUCCAGCGUCUCGUCCUCAGCCUGCCC